AUGAGCUCCUCAUCCGUGAACAGAAAUGCGAGUGAGGAGGAAGAUAGGGUCGUUGGUAAUGGUAAGAAUCAAACCUUACGAACUCUUGAUGACAGGAACAAGCCAUUCGUAGCCAUUGGGUGUAGCCAGGCAAUAGCGAAGAAAGAUGACAUUACCCCGGAAAGACUGCGACCCAUAGAGGAUGAUAAAAGUCGAUGCAAGCUCAAUAAUAACCCAGAGACUGCUUUAGAUGAUAAAAUACUAUUUAAUGUCACACCUCGGAAAUCUACUAGCCCUACCGGUUCUUUCCUGUCGAUACCUGAUGAUUCACCAUCCGUCCAAGGCUCUGUUGUUUCUUCUCCUGGCAGGGCUAGUUUACGUCCGUCAAUCAACUCGCGGCGCAACUUUGAAAGUCCAACGCCAUCCUUUCGCCCAUUUGAUCGAAGAUUUCAGUCACGGCUUUUGAGCUCAACAUUUUCCGCUUCCAAAACUAGCACUUCGCAUUCUCCAAAACAUUCUCAGAGCCCGUCUGUCGGUAGCCAUAUACAUCUUGAUUUUCAAGAUUCCAGUCCUCCGUGGGACGUUAUCCGGUGGACAAGAUUGAAAAAGAUAAAUGGACAAGCCUUUUCGGAAGUUGGCAAACGAAAUCUAGGUGUACCUACAUGUAUAUCUGUUUCCACGUCCGUGGUGUUGGGAACAUCUAAGGGAAUAAUUUUAACUUUUGACUAUCACCAGAACCUCAAAUCUAUCAUCGGACCUGGAACGAAGGCUGUGGAAUGUGGACCAAUUACAUCCUUAGCCAUAUCAGCCGAUCAUUUAGUCAUUGCUGGUGGACAUGCAAAUGGCUCUAUAUUCACUUGGGAAAUGGAUAGGACUGCCCGCCCAUUUCUCCAUAUUCCUGGCCUCGAAUCAACAGAACUUGCCAAAUCAAAUGCAAGUGGUCACUUAUCAAAUGUAGCCAUCCACCAUCUCGGAUUUCUAGGUACAAGGCACACAGCUCUUGUCUCUGCUGAUGAGCGUGGAAUGGCAUUUUCCCACCUCGCGACUAGAGGCCUCGGAUCUGUGACUCGUGCGAUCAAAACCACCAGAAUUUUAGGACGAUAUCCAGGUUUGUCCAAAGUUAGUGGAAGACCGCAUCGUCCAAGCACCAUCUUUGCCCUGGCGCCUCUUCCACUGGGAAAUGUCGAGCAAGAAACGGAUACACUAGGCCUCACCGCUAUUCUGACUCCUCAUUUACUCGUGAUUGUUUCAACAACUCCAGUAGCGCAGACUCAGCACAAAAUUGUGAAGCCAAAAGAAAUAGAUACUGGCAGACCACUUAGUGGCUGCUUAGCUUGGUUUCCGGCCGUUAAGUUAAAGAGCCCAGAUCUUGAAAGUGGACAACACUUCUCUAAAGUAAAGUUGGUCUACUGUUGGUCAAAUAUAUUGAUGGUAUUAGACAUAGACGAGGUUGAUGCACUCGACAAACCAGUCAGCUUAACUUUUCGAUCUCGCAGUCGAUGGGAAUCUGAGGAGGCUAUCGUAGCUGUCCAAUGGCUCAGUCGAUCAGUUCUGACAGUGCUUACCAUCACUCAACGCUUGAUUAUCCUUGAAGAUGGCAACAUGCGAGUUGUAGAAGCACUUGACCUUGCUCCUAAAUAUAUUUAUCAUCAAGACUUCUUCUCAAAGCAAAUAAAUGGCCUUGUGGAGCCAUCCGAUGACGAUAACUCACUCAUGUCUAUAUCCACUGCAGACGCAUUUUACAUGAGUUUUAAAGCAUAUAAAAGUCGAAUGUUCCUUCUAGGUUUCAACGAUGUAUCGAUCGGAACAUUGUCGAAUUGGGCAGACAGACUUAUAGCUAUAAUGGAAGAAGGUAAAUACGUAGAAGCGAUAAGAUUAGCAACAUCAUACUAUGCUGGAAAUGCUGAUAAGCUUAUUAUCGGACUACCAGAGAAUUCUGAACUGCGCCAUUCAAUCGUUGGAGACAAAUUAAUUGAAAUUAUGAUGGUUUCCUUAAAACGCACUUUUCGUCACCAAAACGCACAGCAGGAGUUGAAUUUGAAUUAUUUGAAAGAUCUUGCCGAUGCAUGCUUAGAAGCCUGUCUUAAUGUCCAAGACAAUGAAUUUCUAUAUGAUGAAAUGUUUGAGUGGUUCCAGAACUAUGGUCAAAGUGGUAUUUUUUGCGAUUCACUUGAGCCUCGAAUUCUAGAGAAACGCAUCACCAUCCUACCUCCUGCAGUUGUGAAGGGAAUGAUAACUCAUUUCGUAAAACAAAAGCGAGAAAGUCAACUGGAAGAAAUUCUUUGCCAUAUUGAUCCCUCCACGCUGGAUAUAGAUCAAGUCACUACUUUGUGUAAAGAGCAUAACCUAUAUGAUGCUUUUAUCUUUGUCUGGAAUCGAGCGUUAUUCGACUAUAUCACCCCUCUUACUGAACUCCUGGCUCUUUUGAUUCCGCCCGAAAAAAAUAUCAAGGGCAUAGGCACAGGAUGUGACGCAGAAGAUAUGUUUUCCGGUUCCAACCCUUCAAAGAUAUUUCCUUACUUGUCUUUCACGUUGACAGGUCGGGUUUAUCCUACGGGACAGACACUGAGUAUUCUAGAUUCACGGAAAGCGCAGGCUGAGUUGUACUGGUUCCUAUUCUCUAGUAGGACCAUAACUUGGCCCCAAACCACGGGACAGCCAGUAUUAACCCAAACCAGCCUAGCAUCUGAGCCCUCAUUUCCAUAUCUUCGUACGAUUCUAAAAUUCGAUACUCCAAGCUUCUUGAGUGUUCUCAACGAAGCGUUUGAAGAUCCAUUUUUGAACGACACUCCGGAUAAAGCUCAGUGUGAUGUGGCAGGUCUAGAUUUGUCUAAAGAGCAAACACUUGGACUUCUGAUUAACAGGCAGUACAUCAUUACCAUUCUUCAAGAAGUUCUGAACCAACCAGAUUUUCCAGCCGAUGAUACUAUUUAUCUUGACAUGUUCAUUGCUAGAAACUUACCUAAAUUUCCACAAUAUCUCCUUCUUUCAAGCUCUGUUCUAAAUAAUGUCCUCCAAAGACUCUGUAACUAUCCCGGGCACGAUAUUUCUGAUGAUGCGCAACUAAGUGUUGAAUAUCUCCUCUCAGCAUAUCGUCCUUCCAACCUACAAUCUCUGUUGCCACUCUUUCGGAAAGUGGGAUUUUUCCGGGUCCUCAAAGGAAUAUAUAGAUCAGAAAGGCUCUCCAGGAAUCUACUGGAAACAUAUUUUGAAGAUCCGAACGAUCGAUAUUCUGUCUUUGAGUGCAUAUCAGACUGCUUGAGGCCUCAUUCAGGCUUAGUUAAACGGCAUGUCAAAGAAAUUUAUGAGAUAUUACAAUCUCAUGCUGUAGAACUCGUAAAUUUGGAUGCAGUAAAGACAGCACAAACGAUAGAUUUACAUGCGCCCGUAUUACAUGAGGAUUUUUUAGGUGCGCUGCCUGAUAAAUCUGAGCUACAGUACAUAUAUCUUCGCACUCUAUUUGAAACAAAUAAGAAAGAGGAUGAAACCACCAAGUUACUAAACUCGAAAUUUAUGGAGUUAUAUCUGCAGCUUAUGUGCAGAUUUGAACCAUCUCUUGUCGCGACCUUUGUCGAGAAAGUUCAAAUAACUGAUUUACGUCUUGAACAAGUCUUACCGUAUAUGGAGAAGAGUGGAGUUGUUGACGCAGCCAUCAUGCUAAUGACUAGAGACGGCCAGUUUAAUGAAGCAAUGAACCGACUAGUCGAACACUUGACAAAAAUAGAGAACUUGAUUAUAGGGCUUGUAACAGCCCUAGCUGGAGAAUUCCUUUCUACAAAUGUAAAUGCAAUUAAAGUAUUGCUUAAUUCCCUUAUCAAGUACACAGAUGUUGGAAUCUGGCUAUGCCAAAAUUAUAGUCAACGUUCUGACAGCUCUGGGCUAGUUUUUGCCUCAAGAAAGGCAACACUAAGCCAAAAUCUCCUUCCAGAAGAAGUAUUGUGGCUUGAUAUCAUCGAUGCAAUUGUACAGAUCACUCGAAAUCUGACUUCAAGCUUUGAAAAAGCGGAACUCCGCGGAAUCUCAGAACAUGGUCCCAUAUUGACUCGCAUGCGCACACCCGCGCAACGCGUUUUCACUGCAUUAUUAACCUUAACAUCAUCGCCUAACAAUUCCAGUACUGGUAUCUCAUUCAUGAAGAUACUUCAAGCAUUUCUCGCCCGAGCCUCAUUAACAUCUCCUAAUCUGAGCGACCUCCGGGCUGUUCUAGCAUCAGUUUUCUCAGCUUAUGCAUAUGAAGAGAGUAUUUUGAGAUUAGCAAAUCGAUUUUUGGAAAAAGACCUAUUUCUCAGUGUCCAGGUCGCCAAUCUCGCACGCCAGCGCGGAUGGAGACCUCGUGGCCCCAAUUGCGAAGGCUGUGGUCGACGGUUGUGGGGUCCAAAAGCACCCGGUGACAUUUAUUCGAAAUGGGAGAAGCGAGAAAUGCAGAAUAUAAAGCGAAGGAAAGAACGUAGCACUGAACUAGCCGGUGGUCACAUUGAACGUGGCAAAGGCCGGGCCCGUCUCCAGAUGACCAGCGGAAGUACGGUCGACGAAAACCCAUGUCUCAAGAUCGCCAACAAUGUAGGCAUGGAGGAUGACGAGAUAGAGUCCCUUAAAACCAAGAGAUUAGUGGGUCAGAAAGAGUUAGAUCUAGGCCCUCUUAUAGUGCUGGCUUGUAGGCAUACCUAUCACCAAUCGUGUCUAGAACAUAUGCAAGGCGAGGAGGUAGCUGUAUUGGACAGCAGGGAGUUUCGUUGUCCCAUAGACGGGUGA